GGCAGUUGUCAUCAUCGUCAGACGAAUCGGCGUCUCCUCUUCCAACUUCCAACAUUAAACUUCAGUUUAUUACUUGACAGCACAAUUCAGGGGAUAUUUCAGUAUUAUGGACCAAAAGAAGACGGUUUUAGUAACAGGUUUUGAACCCUUUGGUGAGCACACUGUAAAUGCAAGUUGGGUGGCAGUGCAGGAGUUAAAGAAAUUGGGGCUUGGACACAAUGUAGACCUGCAUGUCACUGAAGUUCCUGUGGAGUACCAAGCAGUCCAGAACCUUUUGCCCUCUCUAUGGGAACGGCACCAUCCACAGUUGGUGGUUCAUGUUGGAGUUUCUGGAAUGGCUACCACAGUAACUCUGGAAAAAUGUGGUCAUAACCGUGGUUACAUAGGCCUCGACAACUGCAGCUUCUAUCCAGAGUCUGAGUGCUGUAUGGAGGGAGGACCAGACUGCAUCAACUCGGCCAUUGACAUGGAUGCUGUCUGCAAGAGGGUCAACACCUCUGACCUCGGAGUUUCUGUGUCUGUUUCAAAAGACGCUGGCAGAUACCUGUGUGACUACACCUACUACACAUCUUUAUAUCUGGGCAAGGGCAGGUCAGCCUUUGUGCAUGUGCCUCCUCUAGGAAAGCCCUACAGUGCGGCGCAACUAGCCCGAGCACUUAGAGUCUUGAUCCUUGAGAUGCUGGAUCUGCUAGAGAACAGUCCGGAGAACCAGCACUGCCAGCACAGUCAUUAAAAAAAAUCCCAGCCUUGUCCUAA